AUGGCGUCGUACUGGGUAUCGCAGGAGAGGUACUUUUGCAAGUACUGCAAAGUGUGGCUUUCCAACCAUCAAGCGAGCAUUCGCAAUCAUGACCAAGGCAAGAAGCACAUCGAGAUCGUCGCCGAGUUCUUCCGUAAGAAGCGCGAGGACAAGCUCAAGGGGGCGCAGAGCGAGUCGGACCUGAAACGGCAGAUGGAGAAGAUCGAAAAGGCGGCGCAAAGAGCGCACGAGAAAGACCUCGCCAUGUUCGGCGGGGCCGGGGCCGGAUCAGGGUCGGGCGCAGGAUCUGCGGGACCUCCACCCCACCCUCCGCCAUUGCGGGGCGGAGACACACCGCCGCCGCCGCCGCCGCCGCCGCCGCCGCCAAGGCCUGCAAGCGGAAACCCAUCGGUUCGGGCGGGUGCGGUAAAGAGGGAGGAGGGGGCGGUGGCUGGGCGGGAGGGGAGCGACGGCGGCGGAGGAGGAGGAGCUGCCUGGGACGGGGUGUUCGAGGAGGGGGGGCAGUGUUAUCUGGACGGACAGACGCAUCGAGACAAGCUUGCGGUUGAUGCCGCCUGCCAGUUCUUCCUGACUUCUGAGGGCCUGUGGGUCGAUGCGGUAGUGCUAGCGGUAACCGACUCGGAACAACCACCGCAUGACGCUACCGCUGCUGGUGGUUCCUCGGCUGGACCCAUCGCUACCACGCGGCGGAUAGACCUGGCCUACUUUGAGGCAGGUGCGGAGAAGGAGACGGUUUUGAGAGGGGUGCAGGCGGCGGCGGUGCGUCUUCCGGCCGGGGAGGGGGGGGCGUGGCCCCCCCCUCAGGAAAUGCCUCCUCCACCACCACCGGACGAGAACACCGGGCUAGGGGGGUGGCAGACGGUAAGCGUACGCAUGGUGGACGUGGUUGCGGAGGCGGAGACCAGGCGCGUAAAGAAGGAGGUCAAGAAGGCGAAGAAACAAAAACGGGAAGAAAAAACAGAGCGAGAGAAGAUGUUGGUGGAAGCGAUGGACGCGGACGAUGCCAUGGGGUCCUACGACCCGUGGGGCACCGGCAAGUACAAGGGUUUCGAGGUAGCGAAGGAUGUUCCCCGCGGCCCCGAGGAGGAGGCGGCGGGCGCCGGGGGUGGGGAGGGCGGUGGACCGGCGGUGUCGUUUAAGAAGAGAAAGGGUCCCGGCAACAGGGGCAAAUUCAGGAAGAAGGCCAGGGAUGAUGAUGAGUGA